CAUCAUAUCGUGUGUCAAGGGGCUAUCAGUUGCCUAGUGGAGCUUCGCUGCAGCGGACCUUUGCAUGUUUAAUAUGAACCGUUUAAGUUUCAUCUUAAUCAGUUCUAUCACAUUCGGUGUGAGUUCAAACUUAGUUGCGUGUUCCGUUUGCUUUCCUGAAAAUUUUAUUUUCGGCGUUGCGACCGCUGCUUACCAGAUUGAAGGAGCGUGGAAUGUCUCAGGCAAAGGUGAGAGUAUUUGGGACAGGUUCACCCAUCAGCGGCCCGACCUGAUCUUCGAUCACAAGAAUGGAGACGUGGCAGCCGAUUCAUACCACAGGUUCAAAGAAGACGUGAGGCUCAUGAAGAGAAUUGGUGCAUCGUUCUACCGAUUCUCAAUAUCCUGGCCGAGGAUAUUACCCGAUGGAUUGUCCAACGAAGUGAACGCGGACGGAAUCAGGUACUAUACUGAGCUUCUCGAAGAGCUUCGUCGUAAUGACAUCAAGUCGUUGGUAACCAUGUAUCACUGGGACCUGCCUCAAGCCCUGCAAGACCUGGGUGGCUGGACCAAUCCCAUUAUAGCUGAUUACUUUGUGGAUUACGCCAGGGUGCUGUUCGAUAGUUUCGGUGAUUUAGUGACGGCGUGGUUGACGUUCAACGAGCCGUACUCGUUCUGUCGAGACGGGUACGGAGGCCUGGAGGCGCCGGGGGCUGCGGCCAGCGGACUCGAGGACUACAUGUGUGGACACACCGUGUUACGAGCUCACGGGAUGGUCUACAGGAUGUACAAACAAGAGUACAGGCAUCGUGUUGGAGCUGUCGGCAUCACAUUGGACUUCUCUUGGCUCGAGGCAGCCACAACCUCUAGCGAAGAUCAGAUCGCGGCCGAAACUGUGAGACAGUUUAAUUUCGGUUGGUUCGCUCAUCCUAUAUUCUCUAAGACUGGCGACUAUCCGCCCGUCAUGAGGAAAAGGGUCGACUCUAUAUCAAGGAGACAACAUUUCACGCGAUCUCGUCUUCCGACGUUCACGGAAGACGAGAUCGAGAUGAUAAAGGGUUCUUCAGACUUCCUGGGCCUGAACCACUACACCACCUACCUGGUCACUAAGAAUAAAUCCAAGAUAUCAAUGACCCCGUCCUUCGAAGCCGACACGGGCGGUAUUCUAUCGCAAAAAGCCGAAUGGCCGAAAUCAAACUCAACAUGGCUAAAGGUCGUGCCGUGGGGUUUCAGGAAAGCUCUGAACUGGAUAAAGAACAAAUACGACAAUCCAAUAGUGUUCAUAACAGAGAACGGCAUAGCGCUAGAGAGAGGUCUCACAGACAGACGCCGCGUCAACUACAUCGACGCUUACCUCAGAGCGUUACACGCCGCCAUCUUGAAAGACAACUGUCAAGUGAUUGGUUACACAUAUUGGAGUCUUAUUGACAACUUCGAGUGGACGCGGGGUUACUCAGAACGUUUCGGAUUGUUUGAAGUCGACUACGAGUCCCCGAAUAAGACUCGAACGGCGCGACUGUCCGCGGCUUACUUCAGCCGACUCGCGCGGGACAGGUGCUUGCCAAACAUGGACUUUACGGACUAGCAGACAGAGGCUUUAAUAAUGAUUUAAUUAAAAUUUUUAUUAGAUACAUACCACAACGAAUACUCGACUGUAAAGUAUAUAUCAGAAAAUUCAUUUUCUUGUGGCUAUAGAUUCAACGACAUUUUAUCGAUAUUCAUAUAAUAUAUAUAAAACAUGUGAAAAAAAAAAUAAAAUACCUUUUCUUAUUGUUUUUUAUUUAUAAAUAUUUGUUGUACAAACCUGUCAGUUUCAUUUGACAAGUGCGUGUUAAACUUAUUUCAUCUUUAUAACGGCCCUAGUUGUCGGUGUUUGGUCCCUUUAGUAAAUUUGUAUGUAAA